UCUCGCUAUCCCAGCAAAGCCCAGAGUGGAGACACAACGGCUCCUGAGGCUCCCGAUUCAGUUCUUUGAGUGAUUCAUCACUGUGACCCCCAAAGUGUCUAACAGAGCAGGUGCUUGGUGGUCUGAGGAUACCAUGACGGUCACAGUGGUAUAUGAUAACUCUGAGGCAACGGAGCUCUGUGCUGCCCAGCACCUCUACCUCAAGCCCAUAGCAAAAUUGAUGAUCAAUGUAUUGCUCCCUGAAAGUAUAGAGCCUGUGAGGCCCUUCUCUAACUGGGAAGUUCUUGACCAACUAAAGAGUCUCAUUUGCCCUGACCAGUUCACCACAGUUCGGCUCUCUAAAAGUACAAAGGACUUCAUUCGAUUUGAGGGUGAGGCUGAAACCCGAAGCUUGGUUCAGAUCCUGAAGGCAAAGUUACAUGGGAAGAUCAUCAAGCUAAAUGGUUUGAAAACAGACUUAAAAGUAGUGGCUACAGAUGCUCAGGGAGAGUGGGAACACUUCCCUAAGGAAAAAGAGCCCUUACUAAGUGAUGGAACUGAAGAGCAGAACCAUGAUAAGAGCCCAGAUUCCAUAUAUUUUGAAGGCUUACCCUGUAAAUGGUUUGCACCUAAAGGUUCCAGUGGGGAGAAGCCAUGUGAGGAGAUCCUUCGGGUAGUCUUUGAAAGUUUUGGGAAAAUCAAGAACGUGGAUAUCCCUAUGCUUGACCCCUACAGAGAAGUGAUGACUGGUGGGAGCUUUGGGAGUUUUAGCUUUGGUCUGCAAACGUUCGAAGCCUUUAUCCAGUACCAAGAGUCAACAGACUUUAUAAAAGCCAUGGAGUCUCUUCGAGGAAUGAAGCUGAUGCUUAAGGGAGAUGAUGGGAAAGCUCUGGCAUGUAACAUCAAGGUUAUGUUUGAUACAACCCAACACUUCAGUGAAGGAGCUAUAAGGAGAAGAAACCAGGAAAGGCUAAAAUUACAGCAGCUGGAGGAAGAAAGAAAGAAAGAGAAGAGAAGAGAAGAGGAAGUAGCUGAAAGAAAAAGACGAGAUGAGAGGAAAGCCCAGGAAAAGAGGAAGAAGGCCAGGGUCAGGAAGAGAGCUGUGAAGGAAAAAGGAAGCCACCGACAGAGGAAGCAGAAGGUGAAAACCAAAACUGAGGUGCCUCGGGAGCUGGACUCUUCAGAAGAGUGGGAGGAAAGGAAGUACCUGCUGGCUCAGAGGCGGGUGGAGGCUCUUCGUUUGCUCCAUGUCCUCCUGAGGAAAAUUUCAGGAUCCAUGCAGUUUUGCCAACAAGAGAUUGAUGUUACAGGCCCCGAAGCUAAUCAUACUCCAGGGGACACACUGCAGACUUGGAAAGAAGAAAAGUUAAACCCUCAUCAUCUCCCAAAUCAAGAAGAAAUGCCAGAAUAUCAGGUUGCUAAAUCUGACAGUAAACAAAAACGAAAAAUGAGGAAAAGAACUAAGGUUCACUUACAUAAAUCUUCCCAUUGUCUUGGGGGGAAGAAAUUAAGAUACUCAACUAGAAAAGAGAAAACAGGAAAAUUAUUAACAGAUAAACACAACUAUAAUUUUGUCUCUAACCAGAAUUCCUCGCAGAUCACAAUGAUUCAAGGUCAGUCUCUUGAAAAAGAGGAACACCCCGGUUCUCCUAAAUCCUCUUCUUCGAGGUUCUCUGAGAGAGACCAUGACAGGAAACAGAAGAUCUAUGAAACUGAUGAGUUUAUUGACUAUUUAUUAAAUUAUUAUCAGACUCCGAAAUACGCUCGUAUCUGCCUAGAAGCAAGUCACAUGGCAAGUACAUGUCAGUGGCAGAGGGAUGUCCGUGUUAAAGGGAAUGGCUUUCAGAUCAGUUUGAGAAAAUAUAGGCCUCCCUCAACCAAUUUGAGCCAAGUGGAAAGCCUGGGAAGGAGAGAACAGGUACAGGAAGAUGAUUACUGGUCAGUGGAAUGCAUGCAGGUUCCUGAGCACAAAUCACAAAAGAGAGAAAAAGUGGACUAUACCAAAGAAAGUACUAAGAGUUUUAAAAAUGAUUGUGAGGAUACAGACAGUGAAGCUUGUGGUCAGCUAUCCCCAACUGAUGAUAAAUGGGAUCUCUUGGAAAAGACUCAUGCUCAUCAUUCCAGUGAUUCUAAUUCCACAAGGGGCCACGAAGUUUCUUCACCUUUCAGGUCAGUAGACUUAGAUCUGCAGUUGACAGAUUUCUUAGAGGAAAUUAGCAGCAAUUCUGAGUGCUUCAGUGAAACUCAUAACAUAAAUGAAAAGGAGAAAGAGGACUCCAUGGCUAUACAUCAUAGUUCCCCUAAAGGAGGAACUCUUGAUAAUGAUGAAAUCAUCCCUUGCAAGCAAAAAUCUAGGUCAAGCCAGCAGACCUUGCAUUCAGAGUGGAAACAUGAGGAAAAAUCCUCUAAAUACAAGCUUCGGACACCAGACAAGAGGUCUAAGUAUGAACCGAGAUGUUCAUGGCUCAAGGAUAAAAGCAGUUCCAUUAGAGAUGAGAAGAACAACAACAAAAAGAAGAGAAAAGUAGCUACAUCUAGCUACAUGUUCAAUGAAGGCUACUACCAUGAGUCCAGUUCCAGUGAUGAACUAGAAGAAAUUACAAGGAAGAGGAGGAGAGUUAGGGGUAGCACGAUGGACCACAAGGUGAACUAUAAACCCUCUCAUGUGCCAAUAACAUCAUCAAAAAGUGCUCAUGCUUUCUGCUUGGGAUAUUUUCCCAAAAGAAGAGAAAGUUCUUGGAAGUCAGAGUAUAACCAGGGUGCAAGAAAGCUAAGAAAACAUGAGAAUUCUAAAGAUUUCAUGCUCAGUUCUGGUAAUUAUUAUAUUAGACAUAACAGUCACGAGCACAUUGAUUAUGGAAGCUAUUUAGGAAACAACUAUACUAGCUCUUUAUAUUUUCAUAUGUUUUGAUGGCCAAUUUGAUCAGGAACACCUGUAUUUACAAUAAACAAAUCAUAAACAGAAAAAUUUAAAACCAAAUAUAGCUAUGUAGUUAGCUACUACAGAGCAAGAGCUUGCGCAGGGUCAAAUGCAAAACCUUGCCAAAGUUUAAAGCAUAGAUCAAAGUGACUGCAGGUGUGCUGGCAAGCUUCAGAAAUAUAAAACCUCCAGGUUCUGAAGCUUGGUAAAACAAUGUACUUGCAAAACUUCAAGAAUAAACUUUUUUUAAACAGCUUUAAUUUGGUGCCAGCAAAGGAGCAGAUUAACAUUGAGGUAGCCCUCUGUGGUUCUUUAGCUGUCACAUGAUCAUCAUUAUUCAUCUCCAAAAAUGACAGUAGUGAAUGAAUUAAGGAUCCUUUUGCAUGUUGUUUGAUUUGGUCAGAAAUAGCACAUGCAGUAAAAUACUUUUUUGACUUUUGUUUAGUAAUUGUAGAUAGAAAGAUAACAGCUAGAAUAUGGAACAGACAUCUUUAUGACCUUAAAGAAUUUCAUGAACACUGACCAGAAGUAAAUUAGUCUUGAUGUAUUCAUAGUAGUCAGAGAAUUGUCCUUUUAGAGACAGAGUUUUAGAGGCAUCUGAAAGGGACUAGGCCUGUCCUUUGAGGUUUAAACGGUCACGGUCUCAUUAGUAGAGUUUUCAAAAAUUAU